AUGGCCGGGGCAAUCAAAGACCUGGUCGAGCUGCUCCUGACCGAGAUUGCGAUCCAAGGCACGGACGGCGCCUCGCUCGUCCAGAUCUGGGAAUGGGUACUCUCCUUUUACCGCGCGGAGAUAUCAAAUCCAUCGGAAUUCCAAUUGGACCAUGCGCUGAAAGAAGACCUCUGGCAGUGGCUGACUCUCAAUCCUGAAAUUUCUGUCGGGCGAGACCGGCAAUACAACAAUCUCACUCUGUCCCAGGUUGAGGCUGGUGAUACGCAGGCCCCUGAUCUGCGCUUCUUUGUUUCCGAAGACCGUACCUGGAGAGCGCUGACCGGACACGAAAGGGAUGACACCAGGGUUCCUGCAAGCGAAUUUGAUUUGUUGUCGAUCAUCGCCUCCUGCAGAGCAGAGGGCAUCCUCCAGACUGAUCUGGUCCGCCGCAGUGGACAGGAUAGCAGAUCGGUGCCCAAACGUACCGAUGCUCUCCACACAAAGGGGUAUAUCGAGAAACGCCCGGUGCAGGCCAGAUCGGCCAAGACUAGCUUGUGUGUAUUUUCCAGGUUUGCCCGCUCUGCCAGCGUCACGGCCGUACCGGUGGCUCCAACCGGCAGUCAGGAAUCCGCCUUUGUUCUAGAUAUCGAUGCCUUUGCUCAAAGUAUUUUUCGCGUGCUCAAGCAGCACCAAAUCAUCUCUCGCAAUGAUCUAAAGGAAGAGUUAGGAUUGAAAGACCAUUGGAGAUGGCGUAACCUCAGCAAAGCCGUUCGCAAGUUCGAAGCUAUUGGAUGCCUCCGUCGAGUCAGGGCCCGCUCGCAGUUCCAUGACACUAUGAAGGCUUUCCACCCAUGUAUCCUUCUGGUUCGUGAGCCCACCGAUGCCGAUAUGAAGCUCUUCAAAAGCGAUUACAAGACUCUUUUUUCCUCAAUGGACCAGGAAUCGGCUGAUCAGGAUGCCGAGGACCUCGAGGAACCAUCUGAGCUACAAACUCUUGAGCAUGUGGGUAUCAGGUGGACUCCAGAUAUCAGCGUGCCCAACCUCAUUGUCGACAUUAUUGACCGGAGCGGCACUGCCGGAAGAACAAACGCCCAAAUCAUCAAAGAGGGCUUUGGUCGAAUUUUCCGUCGGCCCAGCGAAAACACCUUGAGCCGCUUGACCGAGGGCUGGCAGCUCUCACAACCUCCUCACCUUAGACACAGUGCUGUUGUCAGGGAUACUGCGCAAAGUGGGACCGUCACCCAUUUUGUACAUUAUAUAUACCCUUCUUUUAAGGUGCUAGUGGACCGCGGUCAAGCUGAUUGGGAGGCGGUUACUUUUCGUCCCAGAGAUGCCAGAAGCUCCAAGCUUGUGAUGCCGGCUCCUGAUGCUCCGUCAAACACAGAUAAAGAUGGGCUGGCCCCUUUCAAAGGACCCCGGGGUAAAACCACCGAACGCGAUUUUUACUGUGUGGUGGCAUCGAAAGGAAUUUCCAGCUACUCCGUAACCAAAAGCGAUCCUGUUGCCACUGUGAAGGAGGAUGGACAGUUUGCGGCCUCUUUUCAACGCGAAUACGGACGGACAUUCGACACAGAGAUCAUUCAGGAACCUCGAGAAACAUCCCCGGUCGUGGAAGAAGUGCCACAAGAUGAUGAUGCCCCUAGCUUCCAGCGAAUCCCAGCGUCUAAUCGCCUUGGGAAACUGUCAAAAUCGGAUAAAAUUGAGGCUGAACUUGCAAAAGGUGCCAGGCCUGCAAGGGAGGUUUUUGCUGCUUUCGGGUUGGACGACAGUUGGACCCAUGUCGCUGUUCGUCUGAUGGAGCGGCCAGGUGCCGGUGUCUUUGUUACUGCUAAGGGAAAGGCACGGCCAGCUGGCAAGAAACAAGGGCGGCCUAAAGAAAGUCGGAUCGCAGUAUUCAAGAGUACUGUACUCGUAGAAUUUCUCAAAGCCACUGCACCACCGGUAGAAGAACCUGUCGAGAUUGAGCCGCCAACUGUGACAGCUGCCCCAGACACGAUCACCCAGCCAGCACCUAUUCCAGCGGAGGAAUCAUCAAAUGUCCCCUCGGAUCGACGGGGGUCUACAGAUACCCAGCCUCAAACACUUGAAUCUAGUGCCGUUCCAGCGGAUGUAAUGGAUAUUGCCGAUCAGACUGUCACACCCGCCGAAUCUGAACAACCUGGUCUUUCAGAAAGAGUAGACCAGACUCAAACUGCACAACUUCCUCGCGAUACCCCAGUAGAAGAGACUACAGCCGGGGCCAUUUCUUCGACCACUGCCACACCUGCUAGGGCUGCUGAGACACCUCUUUCAGAGGACAUCAAACCUACAGCACCCUUAUCACAGCCUAGAAUCGCAUUCCCUAAAAGCAGGCGCUCGGAUAAGGACGGCUCGGUUGCGCGUUUGAGACGUAGCAUCAUUAUGACUCUUAUCGAACAGGCGGGAGGAGCAUUUCCAUCUAGCAGCGAACUAUGGCAUGCAUUUGCGUCGGUCUGGAUCAGACAGCAUAAUCACAGCGAGACGCCAGAUUCACGAACAGUCAAAGGUGCAGUGAAAUAUCUUGUGGAUGCCGGAAAGCUUCGACAACUCACAUUCAGCGGGAGGACACCAAAGGGGGAAAUGGUCACGCGCAGCAUUGUCAUGAAAACCGAUCUCGACCCAUCUGAUCCAUUGGUAAUGAGUCUUCAAGAUGCAAUACUCAAAUCGAAUUAUUAUGUGCCUAAAAACAUUGAUCUCGACCCCAACAUUGCAAAGAUUGUUCGGGGUGGAAGCUCUGCUGCUGUUUCUGCAACAUAUCCAAAGGUUACUCCUGUUGAGCCUUCAAUCACAGUGCAACUUAAAAACAAGCCUGCUUUUGUUGUUGCACUGGAGAAAAGGAGAGAAGAGAGUCUGCAGAAGCGUCUGCAGCAACCAGUCAGGCUCAUGGGCCUCCAGCGCAAAGGGAAAGCGUCAAAUUCCAAAGGCAUUACUUCGUUUGCAAGGCCGAAGACCAAGAAAAGAAGACGCGUUGACAGCAUGUCAAGCCAGCAAGGGCGUGAGGAAGGUACUGACUACGAACUACCCCGCGCUCCGAUGGAAACGACACUUCUCAAACAUCGCCUUUCACAACCCUUGGAUCGCGCUUUAGCCGAAGUAAAGCGGCAAAAACGUGAGAGUUUAGGGACUGAGUCGCCUUAUCGGCGGUUUGUUGGUGAGAUCGACUAUGUGUCACAGUGGGAAAGGAUCAAUCAGAAUGCCAAUCAAUUGGAAAUUCCACCAUUCAGUGAUCCAUAUCAAUACACUGAUAAUCUAUCAUAUGUUCAUCAUACCAUCGAUGAACCAUUUGAGCAAGCCCCGAUUGAUGGUAUGAUCCAAUUUGACGUGGACGGAGCGCCCAGGAGAAGAUUCCGUCGGACUACAGCAGUGAAAGCAAGACGGCAGAGACGUCCAGCAGUGGCCAAGACAACGCCAUCCCAAGAGUCACAGGCUCAGGUUUCCAAUGAACCCGAAGAAUACGAAAUGCCUCUAGAAUACAUGGUGUCCCAAGACUAUGAGCCAUUUGUUGGACCACCGCCUGAAGAUGUCUCAACACUACUUGAUCCCCAAUUACAAGAGGCGACUUCGCCACAAGUUGUGGAUCCCACAAAACCACCGAUGGCUCGUCGUAGGAGAAAGGGACUCCGAGAACUUGGUCCUCGGUUCAUCGAAAGAUUGAGGUACGCGAUUGUUGUCGUACGGACUGUUGCGGGAGGGCCCUACGGCAAGAUGGUGGACUGGGAGCAUGUAGUGCGGGCAUUUCCCCUGGAGGAUUCUGGUCUUGUUCGACAGAAUGGUAAACUGUUACUGAACCGAGAUAGGCGUCAGUUGGCGCAAAUGCAAGAAGAUAUUCGCGAUAUACUGCUCGAGGAAUAUCGAAAGCCAAACUGUUCGUUGCCCAGCGUCGACUUUAACCACCUGGAAAACUACGACUGGGAUGCGUUGACGACAUGGGCUGCUACACAGUACUACUCGCCGUCAGCAAGAGAAGUGCCUAAUUUGCCCGGAUCUCGAGCUCAGUUUGACCGGUUACACGAAUAUCGCGUCUUUCAGCCCAAUGAUCAGUUCGAGUCGAUUUACACUCAGAAUCCGUCAAUCACCAUUGCAAAGAGAGAGGGCAUGUACUCUGCCAGACCGUUUGUACACACGACAAGCAAAAGAAAAAAGCUCGAUGGACAAAGGAAAAGAGAUGAGAUGGACACAGCUAAAUCCUGGAUUCUCUCCAACAUUAUCGCUAAGGACCAGACGUAUAACCCUGUCGAGGCGAAAGAAAAACUCUCGGCGUUUUCAAUCGACGUUAUGGAUGAAUGCGUGAAAGAGUUUGUUCGUGACCGCGUGAUCAUGCAAGAAAACCGCGGGCGCGUCAUUCCAGGUCGCAAUUAUUCUCUGACGGAGAACUUUUACCACACCUUUGGGCGGAGGAGAGCAGUUGAUAUCGACAUGCUGAAGCAAGCUGCGAAAACAAAACAAGAUCUCGACGCUGAUUUCAAACGUGACGGGUUUUCGCAGUUUAAAUACACGGCGGUUGAUGGAGAGGCUCUAGCAAUCCUUGCAUUGGCAGCUGAUGGGCGUGUGCACAUUCACCCCAGUAAUCCGCCUUCGGAUCCCACUGGUCUGACUGAAGGCAAUUAUGAGACUCGUGCACUGGACAAGGCCAAGUUCAAAUUCGACAUGGUUGUUGCUCCGGAUAGCCAGAGAUACGAGUACGGGAAUCCUGUUCGAGAUGUGAUUAGCAGCCAUCCUAUUCCGGUUAUGGAACAUGAUAAAACAGACCAACCGACGCUCCUGAAGAAACCGCCUCUAUGGGUGGAUAUCAACGGCAACGUGAAUCAUGACAUGUGGCAGUCUGUUGUCGCUUCUGUCGUGGGUAUUCUCGCAGUCCGAACGAAUAUCCCUGCACAGGGAAUUCGCGAACAGCUUCAAGGGUAUUUGGCUAUCUGGGACGUCGAGCGAACUCUUUCAUGGCUGGAGGGCGUGGGACUUGCUAGUAAGGUAGACCGCCAGGAGGGAGAUGCCGUAUGGAAGGCAAGGGGUUACUGGUGGCUUGUUUUGAACUCUUAA